AUGCGUCUUCUUAAUUGGAGCCGGAAUACUCACGGAGAGGAGAACUUGCGAAUUUUCGUCUACUCAGGCCAUGCGUCCAUUUUAGGGAUAACCGGGGCAGAUCGCAGACUUGAACUGGCUGGUCAAUCAAAUCCUGUAUCCGGCCGAUUACAAGGCCCUACAGUCGACUGGUGGGCCGCGCGGUCAUUCCUUGAGGAUUACGAGGGAGAUGUCUGCUAUAUCUUUGAUUUAUGCUCUGUGGUGGCAUUGGAGGCACUCGGUCACGGUGAUUAUGAUGGAGCGGAAUUUAUGGCAGCGUCAGGCUGGGGUCAGGAGGCCACUUCAAACCCUUUCUCUUUUACACAAGCACUUAUUGAUACGUUUACCGCUUUAGAAGGACAAGCAACAAAUCUUGCAGCAAUCUAUGCGCAGAUAUUACGUGAAGCUCAAAGGAAUCAGGUUGAAUCAUGUCCAGUCCAUAUUCCUAAGCAAAAUUCACCAAGCGUUACCAUUGGUCGAACUGCGCAUCAUGCCUUGACCCGAGAUAUAGCAAGCUCUGCGCAUAAAGUCUUGAUUAGUCUCACCGUUUGUGAGGAUGUACCUUUGGAUCUGAAUUACUGGAAAGGUUGGAUAGCGGAUUAUCUUCAUCCAGAUAUUAUUUCCGCCGAUCUCACUGUGGAGGGUGCGCUCCGUGGAUCAGGUAUCAUUUUGUUGACUGUCCCGGUCAAUAUCUGGACAAUGAUGCCCAGAAACAACAAGGCUUAUUCUUUCAUUGCGAAUGUGACCUCUCACAGAAAUUGA